GGCCAUUUCUGUUCCGUCCGCUUGUAAAUGUAGAGUCGAGACUGAGUGCGCGCCUUCCCUCCUCCCCUCCCGCAGGGUGCGCGGCCACCAUGGCGUAUUAGAGGCAGCAGUGCCUGCGGCAGCGUUGGCCUUUGCAGCGGCGGCAGCAGCACCAGGCUCUGCAGCGGCAACCCCCGACGGCUUAAGCCAUGGCGCUUUUCACGGCAUCCAGCAGCAGCGUUGCUGUAACCGACAGAGACAUCUUCGAAUUAAGCACAUUCCUCGAUUCCAGCAAAGCCCCACAACAUGACCGAGAUGAGCUUCCUGAGCAGCGAGGUGUUGGCGGGGGACUUGAUGUCCCCCUUCGACCAGUCGGGUUUGGGGGCUGAAGAAAGCCUAGGUCUCUUAGAUGACUACCUGGAGGUGGCCAAGCACUUCAAACCUCAUGGGUUCUCCGGCGACAAGGCUAAGGCGGGCUCCUCCCAAUGGCUGGCUGUGGAUGGGUUGGUCGAUGCCUCAGACACUGGCAAGGAGGAUGCCUUCUCCGGGACAGAUUGGAUGUUGGAGAAAAUGGAUCUGAAGGAGUUUGACUUUGAUGCCCUGUUGAGUAUAGAUGACCUGGAAACCAUGCCAGAUGAGCUUUUGGCCACGUUAGAUGACACAUGUGAUCUCUUUACCCCCCUAGUCCAGGAGACUAAUAAGGAGCCCCCCCAGAUAGUGAACCUAGUUGGCCAUCUCCCAGAAAGUUUAACAAAAGCAGACCAGGUUGCCCCCUAUACAUUCUUGCAACCUCUGUCCCUUUCCCCAGGGGUCCUUUCUUCCACUCAAGAUCAUUCCUUUAGUUUAGAGCUGGGAAGUGAAGUGGAUAUCUCUGAAGGAGAUAGGAAGCCAGAUUCUACUGCUUAUGGUACCAUGAUCCCUCAGUGUGUAAAGGAGGAAGAUACUCCUUCAGAUAAUGACAGUGGCAUCUGUAUGAGCCCAGAGUCCUACCUGGGCUCUCCUCAGCAUAGCCCUUCUACCUCCAGGGGCUCUCCUAAUGUUAGCCUGCCAUCUCCAGGUGUCCCUUGUGGCUCUAACCGCCCCAAACCUUAUGACCCUCCUGGGGAUAAGAUUGUAGUACCAAAAGUAAAAGGCGAGAAGCUGGAUAAAAAGUUGAAAAAAAUGGAGCAAAACAAGACAGCAGCCACCAGGUACCGCCAGAAGAAGAGGGCGGAACAGGAGGCUCUCACUGGUGAGUGUAAAGAGCUAGAAAAGAAGAACGAGGCUCUGAAAGAGAAGGCAGAUUCUCUGGCCAAGGAGAUCCAGUAUCUGAAAGAUUUGAUAGAAGAGGUACGCAAGGCAAGGGGGAAGAAAAGGGUCCCUCAGUAGGGUAGUCAGGAAUGCUCUGCUUGUACAUAGGUGUCUCGUGCUGAAGCGGUGUUGUAAUAAAUUAUUUUGUAGUGAAAGUAA